AUGGGCAAUCCUUUGAGCUACAUCUCAUCCAUAGAGCCCCUCAAUGGAGGGAAUUACGGCUCGUGGCGAGAGAAGAUUGAGAUAGCGCUUGCGUUGUCGGAUAUUGAUCUAGCACUGACUGAUCCUUGUCCCAUAGCUCCGGAGGACCCCGUGAGGGCUGAGAAUGAGAGCGAAGAUGAUUUCAAUGCACGGGUGCGUGAUCAUGCACUAAUUAGAAUGCAGUACGACCUUGAUCGUGCGAAGUGGGACCAGUCGAACAGAAAGUGCAUGAUGGUGAUUAAGAGCUCCAUUUUGGAGGAAAUAAGGGGAGCAAUCCCAGAGUAUUCCACUGCCGGGGAGUAUCUAAGAAAGGUGGAGAGUCAACUUACUGUCUCUUCACAUGCAAGCACUCUUAUUAAGGGGCUUGUUACUAUGAAGUAUACUGGUGGUGGAAUAAGGGAGCACAUACUGAGAAUGAGCAAUAUGGCUUCCAAGCUCAAGCCUAUGUACUUGGAGCUCAAAGAUGAGUUUGUAGUCCAUUUGAUCUUUGCCUCCCUACCCAAGGAGUUUGAGGCUUUUGUUGUUAAUUACAACUCACAGUUAGAAAAAUGA